UGGGCGCGAAACCUGCGAAACCUUGUAAACAACACGAACGAAUCUUGCUCAAGAGUGAAAUAGUUUAUAAAUUAUUGUACAGGCGCGUUUUAUUUCACAAAAUGAACGACCGAUGAACUGCAUUUUUACUUUACAACAUACCUGGGAAGAUGUGCGUUAUCAAAUAUAACUUCUCAGCGAGUUGCUCACGCACUUAAAAAUACUAAAAGGGAGAUUUGUUCUGAGCAACAAAGUGUCUCGGCAAAGAUUUACUAAGGGAAGUUCAUCUUAAGUUCUUCAUGGAGGGACAACUCAAUACUGACAGUGAUCUUUCGGACCAUAAGUCCAAACGUGGAAAGUUUCGUGGAAAAAGGAAAGUACCAAGGGAUGUGGAGCAGGAAAUAGCCAAGCUGUGUCAGGAUGUGCCACAACUCACAGAGGUUUUCUCAGUUGUUGAUAAGAUUGGCCAAGGUACUUUCAGUUCAGUUUAUCUGGGAGAGGCCCAGAUGUCUACAAAACAGAAACAAACGUUUGCUCUGAAGCAUCUCAUCCCAACCAGCCACCCACUAAGGAUAGCUGCAGAGCUGCAGUGUCUGACUGUUGCUGGUGGUCAAGAAAACGUCAUGGGCGUGACCUACUGCUUCAGGAAGGACCAUCACGUGAUCAUCGUCAUGCCAUACGUGGAGCACGAACCCUUUGUGGACAUCCUUGCCACCUUGACAAUCAAGGAAGCGUGCCAGUACAUAUUCAAUCUCCUGGUGGCACUGAAGCACAUCCACAAAUAUGGGAUUAUUCAUCGCGACAUUAAGCCCACAAACUUUUUGUACAAUCGCUCCCAAAGAAAGUAUUCGUUGGUGGACUUUGGGCUGGCUCAGGGGACCCCGGACACGGCCAUCGACCUCCUGAAGGUGGUGAACUCCAAAGCACAGAAGGGUGUAAAAGGCACUCGGCCACCACCACCACAGCACUCCAAGGAGAAACCGCAACACUCUUCUUCUCUUCCACCCCCCGCCACACCCGCCGCCAACACUGCACCAGCACAAACGUCUCUUUCUCUGUCCACCGCUAAACCACAGUCUGAGAAAAAGCCCUGCACUACCAACACACCCGCUGCAGAACUCAAAUCUAAAAAGGAGUUAAUGAGCCUUUGUAAAAAGCCCCGGUCCGUGUUUGGAGAAAGGAACAUGAACAGUGUUAGUUCAUCUGUGAAGUUGGCCACAGGAGUUGAGUUUGUGAAGUCCACAAAUACAAGAGACAUGGUGAGGAAGAUGUUGCCAGCCAAGCGCCAGUCAGCCACAGCAAAGGACCAGGCCGCUGCUGGCCAGAAGGACAGGGGCUCCUCCUCCACCAUUGACCUGAGGCUCACCUGCAGUUGCUUCCUGACAAACAAUAUCUGCAACAUCUGUCUCUCUAGGAAACAACAGUAUGCCCCAAGAGCUGGGACACCUGGCUUUAGAGCACCCGAGGUUUUAAUCAAGUGCCAAAAACAAGGAACAGCCAUUGAUGUGUGGGCCGCGGGUGUUAUCCUGCUCUGUCUCCUGAGCGGCCGGUAUCCCUUUUUUAAAGCAAGCGAUGACCUCAUCGCCCUGGCACAAAUCAUGACGAUCCGUGGAUCCAAGGAGACUAUGCAAGCUGCAAAGACGCUGGGAAAAGAGAUUGUGUGCAGUCAGGAGCUGCCAUGUCUGGACCUGAGGCGUCUCUGUGAGAAGCUGAGGAGAGCCCAGUCCUGUAAAGACGAGGCCGUCCUGAAAGAGUUACAAACCAAAAGCCAGUCCAGCACUCCCAAACAUCACGGACCACCGCACAAGGCCAGUGCACACAGCGAAGAAGGCUGGGAUCAAGUCCCCGACGCCGCAUAUGAUCUCCUGGACGGCCUGCUCGACCUCAAUCCAGACACGAGGCUAACGGCCAACGCAGCCCUCCAGCACCCGCUGUUUAAGGAUAUAGACGACUGUCUGGGGCCUGACGCACAACAGGAGCUCUGAUCAGUGCCCACAAUAGAUAUUGAACACUAGAUGCCGCACAUUGACCACCCCUUAAUGCUGUUGUCAAUUGUAGACAAGGCAAUAUGCAGGUUGUCCUGUAGGUGGCAGUAAAACAACUGUGAAAAGCAGCGUCCUGGACCAAGAUAGUGGUGCCCGAAGCAGCACAUGCCAUCUUGAUGUGUGGUCACAUGUUUGAAACUGGAGCUUCUAAAAAGGACUGUUAGGGCCUCUGCACACCGGUUCCGACAAAGUGAAGAGCAUGGCUCUGCCAAAGCUCAAUUCCACAGUUUUCAAUACAACCCCACACAGCGGCGCAGAUGUUUAUGGCAAGCGGUUCCAACAAUUUUGCUUACCCCUGCACACUGGCACAGACAGCAAAUUUAAUCUCAGCAGGGUAUGGAUAAUCAAUGGGGAGCUCUCCCCUAAUCGGCAGCUGACAUCCGCGCACAUUGGCGCUGGUGUGCGGUGUUGUAUUGGAAACAGUGAAAUCAAACUUUGGCAGAGCACGGCUCCGCAUUUUGUCUGAACCGGCGUGUGGAGGCUCUUAAAAGGACAAGAUUACCAUUCUUGGUUGUACAUUUUAAUGCAAUGACUGUGAUAACUUAUUUAUUAAUAUGCAGUGAAGUAAAAGUUUGUAAACAGUUUUAACAGGAGUUUUAACUUUUAAUGAAAUAAAAAUGGACAGAAAACAUCA